AUGACUCGAACUUCGCCGUCGAUGUCGGACAACGCGGUGGUUUGCAAGCUGCCCGCGUUUCCUGGAAGAGAGGAAGCUUCCCGGGCCGUCGCAAGCGAGGCGCUAAAGCUAAACGCGCCAACCACGGCGGGUUCGCUGUCGCCGGCCACUGUCGAAGCUGCAUGGGCUGCAACACUCUGCUUGUACACCAACUUAUCGCACAUCAGCUUCCACGUCAGAUCCGCCGAUGGGGAGACUGAGGGCCGAUCGUGCGAGAUACUGGAGACAACUGAGGUGCAGGCUGUUCCAACCAGUCUUCGUAGCGAUGCCAUCGAGCCGCGUUCGAAUGAACAGAGUCGCGUCAACACGGCCAUCAUAUACACGCGUGACGAUGACCACGUCCCUGCCGAACAAACUACAAUCGAGGAGCAUGGCGGCCCUCAAAAAUAUAUGUGGCAAGGCAUCGAUUUUGCCAUGCUUGUCAAGCCGUCCACCUACACACUGAUCUUCCGUCGCAAUUUUAUGUCGGAUCCCGAGGCAAACAAUUUUGGCACAACCUUUGCCUCAACGCUGGCUGCCAUUCUGGAAACGGAAACACCCACGCUUUUCAAGGACCUCAAUAUCAGCCAGCAGGAUUUACAAAGCAUCUUAGAAUGGAACAAGACAGCUUUUAACACCAAGAAAUCACUGCUUCAUGUCGAAUUCGCGAAAGUGGUCGACUCCCAACCGGGCGCUGAGGCCAUCGAUGCUUGGGAUGGCCGAUGGACAUACAGAGAGCUCGAUCAUGUUUCUACCGACAUAUCUAGGGAACUGCGUUCCCGCGGGGUUGGUGUCGGAUCCUGGGUUCUAGUUUGCUUUCAUAAAUCUCGCUGGUCCGUGGCCUCGAUGUUAGCUGUUCUCAAGGCAGGUGCAGCGUUCGUGCCUCUUGACCCUAGAUUUCCAGCAUCCCGCAUACGAGAAAUCAUUGAAGUCUCAAAGGCCAGUCAUGCAGUGGUGGCCGAAGAUGAUCUUGCGGUAUUACUGCACGAGUCUUCACCAGAACUCCAGAUCAUCCAAGCUACUCGACCCAAUGCCGAAGACCAAAAUACACCCAAGCACAUUGAGAGUGUUGCACCACAACCCCAAAAUCCUGCAAUAUGCUUAUUCACGUCCGGAAGUACUGGAGUUCCCAAAGGUAUCAUCGCCUCGCAUGCUGCAGUCUGCACUGGGGCCUGGGAAUAUGGGAGAGUUGGCAACGCAAAGCCUACGGAUCGCGUGCUGCAGUUUGCGUCGUUCACCUUCGACAUUUCCUACGCGGAUAUAUUUACCGCCCUACUGCAUGGCUCAACUCUAUGCUUGCCAUCGGAGGAAGAGCGCAUGGGAAACUUGCAGGAGUUUAUUCAACGCGCACGCCCAACAUGGGCAAACCUGACGCCAACAGUAGCCCGGUUCCUCGACUCGGCUGUUUGCUCUUCCACGAUCAAGAAGCUGCUACUAGCUGGCGAGCUAGUAAAAGAGUCGGAUAUCGCUGGCUGGAUAGAUUGCGGUGUAGAAGUUUAUAAUGUCUAUGGGCCGGCCGAAAAUGUUCUCCUCACGAGUGUCGGGCGUAUAUGCAAAGGCGCCGCAUAUAAUACCACUCGCCCAAGAAAUACUCGUGCCUGGAUUGCCAACAUGGAGUAUCAUCGUCUCAUGCCUGUCGGCGCUAUUGGUGAACUUAUAUCUGAGGGUCCGCAAGUUGCAGAUGGCUAUCUGAAUGAUCCGAAACGAACUGCCGCUAGUUUCCUGGACAACGUGGACUUUUGCCCCAACCCAACACCAGACGAAUCGUUACCACGGAGGUUCUAUCGAACAGGCGACUUAGCACGGCAAUUUGUCGACGGCUCUAUUGAGGUAAUCGGUAGAGCAGACUCACAAGUCAAGAUUGGUGGGCAGCGAGUAGAACUCAGUGAUAUUGAGGCGCAUAUCAAACUAUGCAAAGCGGUCGUGGUGCUUCCAAAAACAGGCCCUCUAGCUAAGCGCUUGACGGCGAUCCUCCAAACAAAACAAACGCCAGAUACAAAUAUCUAUGAUUUUACAACUCUCGACACUGAAUGGAUCGAGGCCAACCGUAAAAUGCUUAGUGAAAGUCUUCCUCAGUUUAUGGUUCCAUCGCACUGGCUGGGGAUGGACAAGUUCCCGUACUCAACGUCGUCGAAGCUCGAUAGGAAACUUCUCUUGAACAAGGUUGAAGCUCUCUCGCAAGAACAAUUACUUCACCUCACGCGAAUGGAAGACGACUCACAAGAACAGGAGGAUAUAUCCCUCAACGAAGAGCAAAAGCUCCUUCAGGACAUUUGCAGUCAUGUGCUGAAUCUGCCAAAGAGUAAAGUCAUCAUGACCCAUUCGUUCACGAAGCUUGGAGGCGACUCCAUCACAGCCAUGCAGCUUUCUGCCGCAACUAGAAGGGCUGGGGCUGGAUUUCUCUCCGUCAAACUCAUACUGACAUCUCAAUCGCUUUUGGACGUUGCCGGCCAAAUUAACGAGCGAACAUCAUCCCAGUUAGAGAUCCCGCUUGUCGAGACACAGCAACCUUUCCAUCUCUCGCCUAUGCAACAAUUUUUCGUAGAGACAGCCCUAUCAUCAUCGGCAUGGCACCACUACAAUCAAAAUGUUCUACUGCGCUUGACGGUGGCUGUACAACCGGAAAUCAUCGAACGAGCACUUGCAGAUGUCAUCGAGCGACACCCAAUGCUGCGUGCGCGAUUUCGUCCCUCCCCCGAUGGCGAAUGGAUGCAGCAUAUUGCUCCUGCACCAGACGCUGGGUUCAAGUUGGAGAUCGUAUCAGAGGAUUUAUCGAGAAAAGAUCAAAAACGAAGAAUGCUUGAAGCGCGAAGAUCUCUGAAUCUCUUUAAUGGCCCAAUUGUGCGUGCCCAGUUGUUCAAAGGUCCAGCUGAAAAAGGAUCUUUGCUGUUCAUUGUUGCUCACCAUAUAGUCAUCGACUUGGUUUCCUGGAGAGUUAUCGUGGAAGAGUUGGAACAGUCGAUCGCUUUUCUCAUUCAAAACAGCGAGGCAGUUCCGUCGGCCCUACAAAACCAGUCGCAAUCAAUUCCCUUCUUUGCUUGGGCUGAGUUGCAAAGGCAGUACAGCCAGCGGCUUAGUCCCACACAGACACUUCCAUACGGCCUAUUGGUGCCUGAUGUAGACUUUUCAUUUUGGGGGAUCUCGCCAUCUCAGAAUGUUUACAAUGACGUUCGAGAAGUCCGGGCCUGUCUCGAUCCGACACUUACAUCCAAGCUCCUUCAUGAUUGCCAUAGUGCACUACGUACAGAGCCCGUGGAUGUUUUAUUAGCAAGUAUCUUUAUAUCAUUCAGCAAGGUAUUUCCGGAACACGGGUUUCCUGCAGUCUUCAACGAAUCUCAUGGAAGAGAGCCAUGGAAUGAUCAGAUCGAUAUAUCGCAGACCGUUGGAUGGUUCACGGUUGUCUCGCCAAUUCUUCUGGAGAACGUGAAUAGCGAAUUUCAUUUGGACGUAGUUCGUCGCGUGAAAGACUGGAGAAGAGCAAUGCCUGACAAAGGAUUCCAGUACUUUUCGUCGAAGUAUUUGACCCAAGAAGGACGAUCCGCUUAUAAGAAUCAUCUGCCAGCUGAAAUUCUUUUCAACUACGAAGGUCGCUACCAAUCCUUAGAAAAGAAAGAUGCUAUUCUCAAACCCGAAUCGUGGACAGCGGGCGAGGAAUUGGAUGACAUGGGCCUUGACCUCCAGAGGUUUUGUUUGUUCGAAUUAUCGGCUGCUGUACUUUCUGACGGCAUAUUACAUCUGACAGGGGCUUGGAACUCAAAAGCCAAACACCAGACUCGGAUAUCAUCGUGGUUAGAGCAUGUUCUGCCAUCAGUUAUACAUGACGUCGUGGGCUCAAUGCUCAAUGCAAAUGAGGAGUUGACUCUUGACGACGUCGGAGAACGCAGUACCAUGGAUUAUUCAGAGAUUGAUUCCAUGACCCAAGCGACAUUGGCCAUCCCGAGUGUUGAGAACCUCAGUGAUGUUGAAACAAUCUUGGAUGGCUCUCCGAUGCAAGAUUCUUUGGCCUUGAGCCAGUUGAAGCUCGCCAAUCUUGACGCCUAUGAGGUCGACUUCACGUGGGAAGUUUCGGCAGCACAUACCGAAGGAGUGCGACAACCUAUCGACUCAAAGCAGCUCCUAUCAGCAUGGCAUGAAACGGUGGCUGCCCAUUCUACACUCCGAACGAUUUUCUUGGAAUCUGAAAGUGCUACGGGUUCAGAUAUGGUUUACCAGAUCGUUCUCAAGGAACAUAUCCCAUGUUCCGUUCUUCUCAAAGCAGAGAACUCCGAAGACGCAUUGGAGCAGUUGCGUAGUUACACGGCUUACAAAGAUGAAGGUCUUUUCGCUGACAAAAGGGUCCCCCAUAGGUUCCUCAUUUGUUCAACCAACGAUAUGAGAACCUUUGUCAGGCUGCAGAUCAAUCACAUCGUCUUUGAUGGUAUGUCUCAGAUGCCGUUAUUACAAAGUCUUUCGAGCGCAUACAGCAAGCGCGCAGUGUCUUUGCAUCGCCCGCGAAAUACUUUCGCUGAUUUCCUUAACUACAUUCGCCAACCGGGCCGCCGGGAUCGAAGUCUUUCAUACUGGAAAGACUACCUGGAUGGUGCCAAACCAUGCCUUUUCCCCCACUUGUCCGACACAAGCAUGGCUCGCGAAUCGUCUAAACUUGAGAAGUCACAGAGAUGCCAAGCGCUUGUGCCUCUAGAAAUAAAGUUGUCGGAACUUCAGCGGGUCGCAACUGAUUUGCAGGUUACCAUACCGACUAUAGUCCAUUUGGCAUGGGCGCUUGUGCUGCGACUGUACACUGGCGAGAAUCAAGCUGUUUUUGGAUACCUCGCUUCAGGGCGUGAUGCUCCAAUCGACGGGAUAGAAGAGGCCGUAGGCCCCUUCAUUGCCAUGCUGGUCUGUUACGUGAACUUUGGUCGGAAUCUCAACACGACUCUGCCUGAAUUCAUGAAAAAUAUUCAUGAAUCCUCCGCGGAGGCCAUCGCUCACCAAGGCACUUCGCUCGCUGAGAUCCAGAGCACAAUGAGCUUGCCGGGCAAUUCCCUGUUGUUCAAUAGUGGUGUUUCGUUUGCGAGCAGGCCUUCCCGCCAAUCUCAGAUUGAUCAUGGUCAUGAUCUAAUAUUUGAAACAAUCGUGGAGAAAGACCCUACCGAGUUCGAUUUGUCCCUGUUCGUCGACAUAGAUGAACCAGAGGGGAAAAUUGAGAUGCACUUUGACUUCCUGAGUCCGGCCUUUGAGAGUGAACACGUCAAAAAUGUGGCCGGUUCGCUCAGUCACAUUCUGUCAGAACUGGUACGCGAUCCCCACCAAAGUCUCAGGGGUAUGUUGAAGCCGAGUCGUCGUGAUUUUGCCUCACUUCUUCAAUGGAAUGGCCCUCUGAUUACCCCUCUGGAAAAAUGCGCGCACGAGAUCUUCGUCGAACGAGCAACAACUCAUGCCAGCAGGGAGGCGAUAUACAGCUGGGAUGGAGUCAUGACGUACAAACAACUUCACGAUGCUUCCACUCGCCUUGGUCUACACUUAUCCCGGAAUGGAGUUGGCCCAGAAGAUUUGAUUCCUGUCUGUUUCGAGAAGUCGCUUUGGACAAUCGUUGCUAUGCUGGCUAUUCUCAAAGCAGGGGCGGCAUUUGUGCUUCUAGAUCCGGCGCACCCAGAAGCACGGUUGUGGAACCUUGUGACCGAACUCGAAGCCUCUAUCGUGGUAUGCUCGCCUUUAACAGCCGAUUCUCGUGGCUUCAAGCAUCGUGCAGCUGCCGAGGAUAGGACAGUCUCUGUGAUCGAGGUUGGUCCCGGGCUCGAUGAUGCACUAGUCGGUUCUGAACUACGGGAACCAAACAAUGUCUCGAUACCGGGAUUAGUGAAACCGGAUAACCUCAUGUACGCGGUUUUCACUUCUGGUACGACAGGAACUCCAAAAGGUACCCUGAUUACCCACCGCGCAUUUGUCACUGGGUUGGAAGAUCUUGCGUCCGCCACAUGCAUGACGCUCCUAGGACCGGAUACAAGGUGCUUGCAAUUCGCGUCAUACAGUUUCGAUGCGUCGAUAGGCGACAUAUUUGCUACCAUCGAAGUUGGGGGCUGCAUUUGUAUCCCGAAAGAAGAAGACCGUAGCCCAGUCGAGCUCACGAAAUUUGUGGCACAGAGCAGAGCUACUUAUGCCGGGUUCACUCCAUCCUUCGCUGCUCUGCUGGACCCCUCAUCGAUUCCUACUCUGAAAACUCUCGUCCUGGCAGGCGAACCGCUUUCUGUGCCGCAAGUGAGCACAUGGGCUAGUCGUCUUCGAUUGAUCAACAUGUACGGUCCUACUGAAGCUACCGUAGCAUGCUUAGCGCACUCAAAUGUCACUCUAGAAACGGGCGCAUCUAAUAUCGGACGUGGAUUUCGGUGUGCUACGUGGAUCGUUGAUGAAAAUGAUCACAAUGUUCUUCGGCCAGUGGGCAGUAUAGGCGAACUGCUCAUAGAAGGCCCCAUACUGGCCAGAGGCUAUCUCAAAAGACCCGAAAUCACAGCUGCAGUGUUUAUUGAUAGUCCAGAUUGGCUUCGAGACAUUCGACCGGAUAGCAAACUCUACAAAACCGGCGAUCUUGUUCAAUACAAUUCCGAUGGAACAAUAAACUUCAUAGGAAGAAAAGACAGCCAAAUGAAAAUUAACGGUCAACGCGUGGAAGCUGGGGAGAUUGAAACUGUACUAAGCUCAGGUCUUGACCAAGAUGACGGCCCCAUCUUCGUCGAUUUGUUGAAGCGAGCGAGUCUCGGCGAAGCUGAUAUCCUGGUCUGUUUCGUCUGUGUCAAAUCUAAGCCAGAGAAGUCAAAAGAACCCCCCGGGAGUGAGACACUCAUUCAGGUUGAUGCAGACUCGAUCGAGAAGUUACAUUCGGCGGUCACCAAGAUACUGCGUAAACAAUCUGCAAUGUCAUCGCUCCCACAAUACAUGCUUCCCCAAGCAUAUAUUCCAAUCGGCAGGAUCCCGUUGUCGAUCUCUGGCAAAACCGACAGACGUGCCCUCAAGGUAGCUGCUUCAGAAUUGACGCGUGCUCAGCUCGUGGGGUACACAUCAUCACUUGCCAUAUCGACCGAUGGCGAAGAUAUUGAAACGGACGAAGAGAUGCUCCUAUGCCAAAUCUGGGAAAAGGUUCUAGGUGUUCAAGUGGUCAGCAAGAGAAGUAAUUUCUACAAUCUCGGGGGAAAUUCUUUGAUUGCUAUGCGACUCAAAGCCGAAUGCCGACGUGUUGGGAUGGAUAUUUCUAUCGCGCAGAUCUUCACCAAUCCGUGUUUAAUGGAUAUGGCAAAUCUCUUGACCAGUAACUCAACCACAAUCUCUACUUCCGCAUCAUCGGAGCUUGUCUCAUCUCGAGCGUCGACAAUAAGCGAAGACUCUUUCAACACGCCUUUUGCAUUGCUAGAUAACUUCAACUUCAAGUUGGAUGAGCAGUCGUUUCAAGAGAUCUCGGCGGAAUGCUCACUAUCCGUCGAGGAUAUUGAGGACGUUUUCCCAUGCAGUCCUAUGCAGGAAGCGUUGAUGGCAAUAUCCUCCUCAAAUACAAAAGAUCAAGCAUAUUGUCUACAUGCCGCAUUCGAAUUACCUCAUGAUUUGGAUAUCCGCCGUUUCCUUUUAGCAUGGGAAGAGACUAGUGCGCGCUUCGCGAUCAUGAGGAGCCGAAUUAUCUUGAGACCGCAUGGUAGCUUUAUCGUCGUCGCACGACCGGCUUUGGCAGCCUACUACGUCACCGGAACUUCAGCCGCCGAACAGAUGGCAGCACAACGGACUCAGGAAUUUUCCUACGGGUCUCCACUGGUACGCCUGGGUGCAGUUUCCGGAGAACCAGGUAGCCCCGGUUGCUUCAUCAUUAGUAUUCACCACGCCGCGUAUGAUGGCUGGUCAAUGGAACUUAUUUGGAACACUGCACUGGAAAUAUAUCAGGGAACUUUGGAUGCAACCCAAGCCAAUCCACCAUUUCAGUCUUUCAUCAAAGAACUGAAUUUGAAGAACACAAGAAGCUCUGAAGAGUACUGGCAGAACAAUCUGGCUGACCAAGACGCAAGUGGACUCAAAUGGCCAUUCAAAGCGAAUUCUCACAAGCCAUCUGCGAGUUCGAGCAAAACAUUUCAACUGAAUUACAGCGUUGAGGCUUGUCGACAUCUCUCCGUCACCCCAGCCGAUCUGGUCAAUGCCGUGUGGGCCAUGACUCUAGCCAAGUAUUCCGAUACUACAUUGGUGUCCUAUGGCGUAACAUUAUCCGGUCGAGAUAUCGCACUUCCUAAUAUCGAGGAACUCGUGGGACCGACCAUCGCUACAGUGCCCAGACAAAUCAGAGUCCAGCAUGAUGUGCUGUUGAGUGAUUACUUGCGGUCAUUGCAAAGAGUAAUUAACUCAGCUCUGCCUCACCAGCACCUUGGCCUGCAAAAGAUCCAAAGCCUAAGUCCUGCUGCGCGAGAGGCUUGCGAUUUCAACACCUUACUAGUCAUCAGUCCAGGGUCAUCCACACAAAACGCUCGUCUCGGUGAACUUGAAAUCGUUCCCAUACCUAUCGAUGCAGCUAAUUUCCAUCCAUAUCCUCUUGUUCUUGAAUGUGGCAUUGAGGAAGGUUCACUCCAUAUCGAGGCUGCCUUUGAUUCUGAAUGCAUUGAUGAAAAGACUCUUACCUUCGCGAUGCAACAGUUUGACCACAUGCUACAGAACAUCUGUCAAUCCGCUACUGACCUGGAACCCAAUGACCUGGGUAGCCUCAUGGUUACUGCGCCCAGUCACAUUGAUGCCAUUCUAAACUUGAAUCCGGGACAACAGCAGUAUAUUUCGCCAAAAUUUGUGCACCAGAUCGUGGAACAGACUGCUCAUGAGCAACCAUCCACGAUGGCUGUAUCGUCUCAUGAUGCAGUUCUGACGUAUCAUCAGCUAGACCAAUGUGCGAAUACUCUGGCGCAAUACAUACUCCAGCGAAUGGCUUAUAAUGGAGAAUCCCGUUUUGUCGGUUUGCAUUUCGACAAGUCAGCAGCUGCACUGGUAUCGAUGCUUGCAAUACUCAAAGCCGGUUGUGCUUUUGUACCUCUUGACCCUACCCAGCCGGCAUCGCGUCUAGAAGAUCUCGUGAAAACAGCCAAGGCUGGGAUCAUCUUAACCUCCCCGAGACAUUCCGAAUUCCUCGCAGAUUUUUUUGUCGGUCGUUGUAUCUUACCAGUCGAUUUAGCUUCCCUUCCACAAUCGUCACCUGAAUCGAGUCAUUCGAAUCAAACCCACAGCAAUAGUUCUCCUGCAGCGCAACUCGCAUUCUUACUCUAUACAUCUGGAACCACAGGCAAGCCUAAGGGAGUGGAGAUCGAUCAUGCAGCUUGGUCGAGUGCCAUUGCCCUCCAUCAAGAUCAUUUCAAAUUGAACCGGAAUACGCGGAUGCUCCAAUUCAGUAAUUUCACCUUCGACGUCAGUCUAUUCGAGAUUUUUACUACAUUCGCCGCCGGAGGCUGUGUCUGCGUCCCAUCUGAGCAGGCUCGCACGGACGAUUUAACCGCCUCUAUUCUCGAAAUGGAUGUUAAUGCACUAGCGUUGACACCAACGGUUGGGCGACUGUUGAAUGGCAGUACAUUCCCAAACGUGGACCUUGUGGUUUUUGCCGGCGAGAGUCCUUCACAGUCAGAUCUCGAUGCUUGGGCACAGACCGGACGCCGCAUUUACAACGCGUAUGGUCCCACUGAGGCAUGCAUCUAUUCGAUUGUUAGAGAAGUUGUGGCGGAUGCCAAUCAGAAAAGCUGUUCCAACAUUGGAACGGGGGUUGGCAUGGACACGUGGGUGAUGAGUCCAGAAUCAAACACCCUCUUACCGAUUGGUGCAGUGGGUGAACUUUGUCUUAGUGGUCACCAGUUGGCCCGUGGCUAUCAUGGCAUGGAAGAGGCUACAUCGCGCUCUUUCAUCACCGUGUCUUUCGAAAGUUCCCUUGGAUCAUCGCGUGAAGAGCGAGUCUAUCGCACGGGAGACCAGGUUCGAUAUGAGUCAGAUGGGACUCUUGAGUACGUUGGCCGACGAGAUGGUCAAACCAAGAUUCGUGGUCAGCGCAUUGAUGUGGGUGAGGUGCAGCAUCACAUCCAGAAUUCGAUGAGCGCGGACACGCUCUUUCGCUAUUGCACUGUCCAACUCUGCGAUCCACCAUCGAUGCGCCAUCAGCCACGCUCAACCAAAGCAGAUCCAAUAUUGGUCGCAUUUCUUGUCAUGGAAAUCGAAUUCAUGCACGAGCUAGAUGGUGUGCGCUUUUCGUUUUUGCGAACUGGGAGCUCUGACUAUCCCCACAACAUAGCCAACAAGCUGCAACACAGUCUCCGCUCGGUACUCCCAUCAUUUAUGGUGCCCUCUACAUUCAUUGCGCUCAAUCGGCUCCCGAACACGGCAAGAGGCAAACUGGAUCGUGGUUUUGUAGCAACAUGUCUCAGCUCCCUAGACUUCGACAGUCCAAAUAACGAAAACGGGGAAAGUCUUCGUCCGCUAAAUACCAGCGAGAAGAUGCUAUGCGACUGGUGGGAGGUUUUAUUGGGGGUGAACAAAGAUGUUUUGAAUGUAGACAGCGACUUCUUCUCCUUUGGGGGUAACUCGCUCUCUGCAAUCAAACUAGUCAGCUUAGCGCGGUCCCAUGGCUACCAGACCACAUUUGCUGCCAUAUUCUCAAACCCUCUUCUUUCAGAUAUGGCAAACGAAAUCGAGCCAAUACAGAAUCGAUUAUCCGCCACUAAGCUGCCCUUCAAAGUGUCGCCAUCAGCGCAAUUCGAUUUGAUCUCCGAAACCGAAAAACAAAGUGCGAUUCACUCCACACUACCGAUGUAUGGAUUGGAAAUCGAAAAUGUCGAAGACAUAUAUCCAGCUACACCCAUGCAGGAGGGCUCCAUGGCCUUGACCGCGAGGAUUCCUCAUGCAUGGCUCAUGGUUGUCAAUAUGGACAUACCCACAUCCGAUCUAGUGAGACUCAAAAACUCGUGGGAAUCAGCAUUCCAGAGAUUCGAGCUUUUGCGAACCAGAAUCGUUCCAGGCCAAGAAAGUGGCGCCUUGCAGGUCGUCAGAAAACACUGUGCUCUGACAUGGGAAGAAAUGCCAGAUGUUGAAACAUUCGCCAACUACGUGUACAACAAUCACGGGUAUGGCCAGCCGCUAGCUCGUGUUGGACUCGUGAAACCAACUUCUCCACUGAGAAAUCCCCUUGAUACGAGUGAAAGAGUAACUGUUCUUCUGAGUUUGUCCCACGCCCUCUAUGAUGGGUGGUCUUUAAGUCCUGUCUGGUCCAGGCUAUUCUCCAGUCCCUCAUUCAAGUAUGACGAUGAUACCCACGAUAAAGCUACACCAUUCAAAGAGUUUGUUAGAUAUCAAACAGAAUUGGAUCCUGCGGACGCCAUCGCAUUUUGGAAGAAGAUGCUUAAAGGUGCAUCUGGAGCAGAGUUCCCUGGAAAACCCGCAGGUGUCGCCGCAAGCUACAUGCCUAUGGCUUCGUCGUCAAUAAAGCAAAGGCUGCCGUUCCCAUCUCCACACCUAACUCGCCAGUCAGGCGCUACUGUCCCUACCAUUGCGCAAGCAGCAUGGGCACUUACCGUGGGCCAUUUUACGGGAAGCACUGAUAUUAUCUUCAGAAGUAUCUUAUCCGGUCGAGCACCCGCUGCUGCCAGCAUUCCCGAUAUAGAGAAUAUGACCGGUCCAACGGCAGCUUUCAUUCCUUACCGCACCAACAUCGAUUACAGUCUUGACAUUGCAUCUUUCCUUGCCCAAUGCACGAAGAAUCACCUUGAAGCUAUACCGCAUGCUCACAUUGGAUGGGAAAGAAUAUCGCAGAUUGAUGAAGAUUGCAACAAAGCAUGCAAAUUGCACAGCUUAUUUAACUUUCAAGCUGUUACAUUUGAUGAUCUUGAUGCUCAAACAACGGGCGUCUACUCUCCACGUGUGUACGAGAAUCCAGAAGGCUUGUCACCAAAUGCUCUCGACGUCGAUAUCGCAGUACUGAAUGGUGGAAAAGAGAUGAUGGUCACCUUUGCUUAUGAUCCCAUCAUUCUGCAGAGCUCACACAUCGACAGCAUCAUGUCGACUUUCAUCUCGUUAUUUGAACAAAUGUUAUACAAGCCAUCAUCGACACAAGUCGGCAAUCUUAGUCCAUUCUCAGAAUCCCAUGCGGAGAGCCUGCGACCCCCACAAGCUGGAUUCAAUGGUAAAUCCAAGGGAAACGUCGCAUGCAACGAAAAACAUAUACACCAUCUCAUACGAGAUCACGUCGAUAACAACCCAUUUCAUCCAGCUAUUGAGUUCUCACAAGAUUACAUGACAUAUAUGCAGCUCGAAGAUUACUCCAACUCCUUGGCUGAACGAUUAGUUAGGCAAGGCAUUCGGUCUAAUCAAGCUAUCGGCAUCGCUCUCGAUAGAUCUCCAUGGGCCGUUGUCGCCAUGUUAGGCGUCUGGAAGGCUGGAAGUCAUAUAGUCCCUUUCUGUCCCAACACCGAUAACAGAGCGAUUUCGGAACUGCUACACCGAGCGAAGAUAUCUACAGUCGUGGUUUCGCCAUCAUAUGCUUCGUCUCUUUCCAAACUGUCUGAUUGCCGAUGUGUUGUCGUCGCCGCAGAUACUUUACCGGCACCUAAUACGGCUUUCCUGAAACCGGCCUAUCGCUCUCCCGUAACCCCCACGUCAUCUGACUAUGCCUUUGGAUUCCUGCCUCUCUCCGAAGACCCAGUUUCUGGUCUCAGCUUUACCACUCAUGGAGAGUUAUGUGCUGAGUUGUCGAAGUUGGGCAAUCAGAUGACAAUGGAUACGGACACCCGAUCGUUGAUGUACAACGAACUAUGGUCCACCACAAUGCUAGUCGACAUACUAGCCCCUCUUGCACACGGUGGCACCCUCUGUUUUCCGGAGCUGGAUGGCAGCAUUGCCAGUCUGACUAAAAGUAUCGAGACGUGCCGCGUCAACGUUGCUACAAUUCCGGUGGCUGUAUCAAGAGCACUAAACCCACAUGAUUUGCCGACUUUGCGGCAUCUAUGUUUGUACGGCGGCAUUCCGACACGCCAGGACACAGCUCAAUGGAGUCGGUUCGUCGGGCUUUACCUAGCCUGGGGUGUAGCAGAUAUGGGCACUAUCGCGUUUGUAGGAUCCCCUUCGCAAGACCACCAUGGAGAGUUUGUAAGCUCUGCAGUUGGAACACACAUUUCCGUCGUCAAUCCGCACAACAUAUCCGCGCGCAUCCCUCGAGGGGCAAUCGGAACCCUUAAACCUGUGCAUUCCUAUCGUUCCGAAUCUGGUGAUAGGGAACCCAGAACCGCAAAGCUGCAGCAGUUCAGAGCCAAUGUAGAUGGGUCGCUAAGUCUCAUUGAGUCAACGACUGAACAGAAGCAGACAAUCAAUGGCCAUAGAUUUGAGGUCAGACAUAUCGAAAAAGCAAUACGAGAUCACCUACCAAUUUUCGCGGACGUUGUAGUAGAUCUAUACGCUCCCCAAGCACUGGGAGAUGAACCCCGACUUGGAGCCAUUGUGAUUGCUAGCAGCUCCAGAUCCUGGAUUAGUGGAGAAGGCGCUACAACACUCCGAUCCAAACUCCAAGCGUUACUACCGCCCACAAGCAUCCCGACCUUUUUCACGUCAACGCCUACAUUCCCGCUGACAACGGCCGGCGAGCUUGAUCGAAGCCGUCUCCAAAAACUCGUACGCAACGCAGCCAUUGAGUCCCUAGCCAUCUUUCCCGAGGCAAAUGAUGACAGCGACGCUGCACUAUCGUCAACCGAACGUCUACUAGCCUCUCUGUGGACCAAAACACUACACCUGGACGAAAACAUCCAGCUAAGCAGAAAUGACGACUUCUUCGAAAAUCUAAAUGGCAACUCACUCCUAGCGCUGCGGUUGGCCGUCGAGCUCAAGCGUCACCAUUGGUUGCUCCGUGUAUCAACCAUGUUCGAGCAGUCUACACUGGAAGCCAUGGCUGCUGCGAUGGAACCGGACAGCUCAUCAUAA